CGCACGAUACGUCAGUGCGACGCGCCCGGGGCGCCGUCUACGUUGCUGAAAGGGAAGUGGGCCCUUCCUGGGCUCGGCUCCUGGUCGGAGGGAAGGGGCCAGCCCGGACCUGAGCGGAGGCCGCCGCAGGGCUCCAGGACGAUGUUACCCAGUACUUCCGUGCAUGCGUCCGCGCACGGGAACGGGGUCCUGAGUUCCAGAGAUGCAGCGAGACACACGGCUGGAGCAAAGCGCUACAAGUACCUGCGGCGGCUUUUCCGUUUCCGGCAGAUGGACUUCGAGUUCGCCGCCUGGCAGAUGCUCUACCUGUUCACGUCCCCGCAGAGGGUUUAUAGAAACUUCCACUACCGGAAGCAGACGAAGGACCAGUGGGCCCGAGAUGACCCAGCUUUCUUGGUCCUGCUGAGUGUCUGGCUCUGCGUUUCCACUAUAGGAUUUGGCUUUGUACUGGACAUGGGAUUUUUGGAGACAAUAAAGCUUCUCCUGUGGGUUGUAUUCAUAGAUUGUGUAGGCGUCGGUCUGCUGAUAUCAACUUUAAUGUGGUUCAUCUCUAAUAAGUACUUAGUGAAGCGACAGAGCCGGGACUAUGAUGUGGAGUGGGGCUACGCCUUUGAUGUGCAUCUGAAUGCUUUUUAUCCUCUGUUAGUCAUUUUGCAUUUUAUCCAGCUUUUUUUCAUCAACCAUGUUAUCCUAACAGACACAUUUAUUGGAUAUCUAGUUGGAAAUACCUUAUGGUUGAUUGCUGUUGGCUAUUAUAUCUAUGUAACCUUCCUAGGUUAUAGUGCACUGCCAUUUUUGAAAAGUACGGUAAUUCUUCUCUACCCAUUUGCACCUCUCAUUCUGCUCUACGGGCUGUCUCUAGCACUAGGAUGGAACUUCACCCACACUCUCUGUUCUUUCUACAAGUACCGAGUGAAAUGAAAAGAGUGACAAUAUUCCAACUUAACUGUGGCAACAGUAUUGGUAUAGUGAUGAUUUCUUGUAAAACUUGUAAAUAAUCUCUGUAGAUAUCUUAAAAGGUGUAAAGUUUACAAAUAUGCUAACACUAUUGUUAAGUACAUUCCUUAAAACUAAUUAAAUGUACAUUUCUAUAAUAAAUAUUUUUUAAACUAAAGUA